ACGGGGAGGGGGAGUGGGGGUCCCGGGGAGCCCCGUCCGGGGGUGCGGCCGGGCUGUCCCGGACGGUGGCCACUCGAGGGGGGCGGGGGGGCGGUCCCGGUCCCUCCCGGCGGGGGCGGCCGCUGGGGCCCGAGGCGGGACGGGUACAGGAACGGGCGCACCGGUACCGGCACCGAGCCCGAGCCCGACCCCGGCCAGCGGUACCGGGACCAUGGCGGGGCUGGAGCGGUGCCAGCGCGAGGCCGAGGAGGUGGCGGAGCUGAUGCGACAGAACGUGGCGAAGGCGCUGGAGCGGGAGGGACACCUGGAGCAGCUGCAGAGCCGGGCCCAGGACCUGCGACAGGCGAGCGAGGCCUUCACCCGCACCACGCGCACGGUGACACGGCGCCAGCGCAGGCGACACCGGCGGUGGCAGCUGGUGGCACUCGGCCUCGGCCUUCUCCUCCUCUUCAUCCUGGGGCUGGCACUGGCGCUGGCCCUGGCACGGUCGUCUCCCGGGACUGUCACCAGCACUGUCCCCACCCCGCAGGGGGGGACCAAGCACCCGCCCAGCACUGCGGGGACCCUGUGAGGACAGAGCCCGAGGGACCAGGAGGAGCAGAUAAAUGACAAAUAAACACCAGGGCUUUUGGGGACACCUGCAAUGACCACAGCCAACACUGUCACCCUGCAACGACACUGACAAACCAGUGGGACAUCCUCCAGGAGACCCCACAACCCAUAAACUGCAAAAUCUGCUCUGAAGAGACCCGACAGCGAAAACCCAGCCAGCCCCACUGGAGGCAAACACCACAGCAAGCACGGGAGCUCUGUGGGGAGAGCAGCAAUCCCAGCCAGCAGGAUGGACUCGGGGGGACCCCACAACAGAGAAACACCAGGGGCUGCUCUGGGGGGACCCUGCAAUAAAUAAACACCAGGGGCUGCUUUGGGGUGACCCUACAAGAACUAAGAAUCCAUAAUCUGACAUGGAGAUACCCCAAAAUAACAAACCAGCAGGAUGGACCUUGGGGAGACCCUGCAAUAAACACCAGGAUCUGUUUUGGGAUGACCCUACAAUAAAUAAACACCAGGAUCUGUUUUGGGAUGACCCUACAAUAAACACCAGGAUCUG